CUCAUAUGGACCGGGGACUAUCGCCCCCAAGUGCUAGAGUCGCCGGGCCCGUGAGAGAUGAAGGCGAAUUUUCGCAGACGCGUGGCUGUGAUCGGCGCUGGGGUCUCUGGACUGGCGGCGGCGCGUCAUUUCGGAGCACCUGGUUCACCCUUUGAGUGCCAAGUUUUUGAGCAAAAUAGCGAAAUCGGUGGGACUUGGGAUUUCACGCCAUACGUGACUACCGACAAAAUCGGAAGGCCGAUCCACUCUAGCGUUUACGCAAAUCUCAGAACGAAUUUGCCCAAAGAAGUUAUGUCUUAUCCGGAUUUCCCUUUUCCCGAUCAAGAAAAAUCGUUCCUCGAUUCGAAUCAGGUUUUGGAAUACCUAAAAAGCUAUGCUGACCACUUUGAACUGCGGCAUCACAUCAGGUUUAACAACUGGGUUAAAGACGUAAGGCCUUUUGGUGAAAGCGUGGAGGAAGAAAAGUGGCAAUUAACAAUAUUUGAUUGGAUUAACAAAGAGACCAGAACCGAGAUAUAUGAUGCUUUAAUGAUCUGCAAAGGUCACUUCUUUCAACCAAAUAUGCCUGAAUUCAAAUGUUCGGAUAUUUUUGAAGGAAAUAUCAUUCACAGUCGUGACUUCAGAUUGACAGCACCUUACACAAAUAAAAGGGUGCUCAUUGUUGGAGGGUUUGCUUCCGCCUUGGAUAUAACAAUGGAACUUGCAAAAGUUUCAAAACAAGUUACUAUGAGUCACCAUUUAAAAGAGAUGGCGACCAACUUUCCAGAAAACGUGAAAAUGGCACCUGACGUGGAUUAUUUUGACAAAUCAGGCGUCACUUUUGUUAAUGGGCAGCGUGAUGAGUUUGACGAUGUGAUUUAUUGCACAGGGUACAAGCACAGCUACCCCUUUUUGCACGAGAGCUGCGGAAUCACAACAAAUGGAUACGGCGUUGAGCCACUCCACAAGCAUUUGAUAAACAUCGAGCACCCCUCCAUGUGUUUCCUGGCAAUAAACAAUUACAUUUUGUCAAAUCAAUUGGCGGAUUUGCAAGCCAAAUUUUUCUUCAAGCUGCUUAUCGGAGCAUUCGAAUUGCCAUCAAAAGAGGAAAUGUACCGACAGCUGAGGAAGGACCAGAAAUUCAGACAAGAGGAACUUGGUUUGAAGGCCCGCCUUGCACACAAGUUAGGUGUUUUGCAAAAAGAGUAUUAUGACGAAAUUGCUGACGCGGCUGGAGUGAAAAGAAUUCCAUCCGUGAUCACAAAGCUUGAGGCUUAUUCAUGUAAAGCACUAUCCAGAGACUUCUACACCUUCCGAGACAAACGAUACAAAUUGAUUGAUGACGAAAGUUUUGUAGAGUUGUGAAAAGAAAUCAAAAAUCUUGAAAAUUAAAAUAAUUAUUGUUCAUGUAUAA